GGAUUUAGGGGGGUAUCAUCCAAUGCACACUCACUGGAGGAUUUACCAUCGCAUGGAUUUUACAUUGGCUGGAUUGUAAUGUGUGUCUGAUGAUCUGGGUCUGGGGAUCUCCUGCCGAGAGAUGGGGAAACUUUACUCCAAACACGCUGCAGUUUGCAAACCCAGAGAAAGCCCUGAAGGUGACAGUUUUGCAGUAAAUGCUUGUCUGACUCGGAAAGGCAUAGAAGAUUGGAUUGCCAAGCAGAAGUCUUCAGGAGUUCCCAGUCACAAGCCUGGGUGCAAAAGGGACCCAUCAGGGAAUAUUUGUAAGGAAGGUAUUGGAGAAGAACAUUUUCACCUGGAAGUUGCUCUCCCGGCUGAGAAGAGUGAGGGACUUUUCACCUGUGAAGAGAAAAAAGCAGGAGAAAAGGAUACAGAAGGAUGUGCAAAGAAACAGCUGAAAUUUGAGGAACUUCAGUGUGAUGUUUCCGUGGAAGAGGACAACCGACAAGAAUGGACCUUCACAUUGUAUGAUUUUGACAACAGUGGAAGAGUUACACGAGAAGACAUUACAAGUUUGCUGCAUACUAUAUAUGAAGUCUUUGAUGCAUCCGUGAAUCACUCUAGUAGCUCCAGUAAAACCCUGAGGGUCAAGCUGUCUGUGGCUCCAGAUGCCACCCUGAAGAAGAGAGCCACCCUGCUCAACCAUGCAGGGGUGCAAAAUGGGAGACACAGAAGUGAUAGCAAGGUCAAUGAAGAUUUGCGGAACUCUGAAAAAAAGCGUGGAUUAGGAAGACAUAACCCAGCUGAAAAUGAAACAGAACAGACUGAAUGUCUGAGGCAAUGUGUGGAUGAAAACAUUGAAAGGAGAAACCACUAUUUGGAUCUUGCAGGAAUAGAGAACUACACUUCAAGGUUUGGACCAGGUUCUCCAACCACAGGUGAAAAAACAGAUUCCCACGCAAGACCUUCUAAUCAGAUGAGAUCUCGGUCGCAUGAACCAGAAACCCUGUACCUCCACCAGAGGAGGUCCCAGGCAUUGGAUCAUGGGCAUUUCUGUCUAUUAGACCCUUCUCAUCCAAAGAUGGUAGAACUUCAGCAAAGGCAAAGAGGCCAGGAGUCCAACAAACAUUCUGUAAAAAGUCCCAAAGCUUCAACUAAACAUGUUACUGCAUCGAUCAGCCAACCAGGAAGGACACCGAGAAGCAAACCUAACCAUGCUAUGUCUAUUCCCGUAACUUCACCAGCUGCUCUUAUGGGACAGGGCUAUCCAUAUCAUCCUUUACCACCUCAGCAGCCACACAGAAAGAGCAAGCAGAAAGCUAAGGAAAGCCACCAGAUGUGUAAAGCCUUCCAGUCCCCAGUAAAUGUUGUGGAGAAUGAGCAUGUGAGGGAUCUACCAAGCAUGUUACUUUAUGAAGGCCACUCUGGACACUUGAUACAAAGACAUGAGCAUCAUCAUCACCAUGAACAUCACCACCACUAUCAUCAUUUCUACCAAACAUAAAGAACUAUCCAUUCCAAGGAGAACAGUCCACUAUUUGGAAAUCUUUUGUUAUGAAGAAAAAUUACAUUGUCAUUAAGAAAAUAGUUUGCCUGAAUUUUACAGUACAUUUAUUGACAGGCAGUGUGGCAUCCAAGUGGACUUUGACACCUGUUUUUGGAUACAGUUGGAAAAGAUCAUCAAGCACUUCGUUUACAUAGGACCUAUGGAUGGAUAUUUGCAUUAAACAAUGUUUAUAUACAUUGAACAGUUAGACUUGUUGCACAGAAGCCUUUAGCAAAAAAAAACAAUUUGAACAGUUUCUUACAUCAGAAAAAUAUCACUAACAAACAAAAAAACCCCACAAACAGCAGACUACCUCUAGUAUUUUUCGUAUUUCGUGUUAAUUCAUGAUCUUCACUAUGAAACGGGUAGACUUACCUUACAUGCAGACUCACGAGUGUGUUUGUGUGUGCGUGUGUG